AUGGAUCUACUUUUCUCAUUCCUGGAGCCAACCCGUUCCCAUAGUGCUUUGUUGGCUGGUUACUUCAGCAAGGUUGUGAUAUGCCUCAUGUUGCAGAAGACAGUUCCACUUAUGAAUUAUGUUCAAGAUGUUUUUAUGAUCUGUGUUAUUGCUGCUAUUGAUUCCUCCCAGAGUGGUAUAUUUGAAGUAAACUUUUCAAAGGAAAUCAAAAUUCAGGGUAUUCUUGGUCCAUGUGCAUCACUUGAUAAGUAUUGGUCAAGGGGUACUACUACAUGGAAGAUGUGUGGACUUGACAAAUCGACUUCCUUAUGCUUAAUAUUUGAUAUUGUGAAGAAGGAAAGCUCAGAUGUUAUUGGUCAAGCAGCAAAUAAUCAAUUUUAUUUCCAAUUUUUGACUUAUUAUCAGCAUAGCAGUGGACAAAUGAGGCUUAGAGCCACCACUCUUUCAAGAAGAUGGGUCACAGGAUGGUUGGAUUCUCCUGCAUAUGGUCAUGAAAUAGGUUGUAUUGUUCCUUCUAAAGUUCCUCUUGGUAUGGGCUGUAUUGAAGCUUGGAUUCUUGGAAAAAGGUAUGUUACUACUAAUGUGUUGAUGAUGAAAACAGGUAUCAUGUGGAAACAGAAGCAUAACAAUCAGAAGUAG